AUGAAUAAGCGCAGGGGUAAGCACCAAGAAAGUCGUGGUAAACCUUACAGUGCUCCGGCUAAAAAGGGUAAGCAGAGGGUGAUUGAUGAGAGGAGGCCCAGAAAGAGAGAUACUCCUACUAAAGUUGUUUGUUUCCGAUGUGGAGAGAAAGGUGAUAAGAGUAACGUUUGUGUUGGCGAUGUAAAGCGGUGUUUCCGUUGUGGCAGAAAAGGACAUACAAUUGCAGAUUGCAAGCAUGAUGAUAUAGUUUGCUUUAACUGUGGUGAAGGACAUAUUAGUCCUCAGUCUAGUGGGAAUGUGUUUGCUUUAGCUGGUACUCAGACAUCGAAUGAGGAUCGUCUGAUCAGAGGUACAUGUUUCAUUAAUAGUACUCCCUUAAUUACUACUACAGAUACUGGUGCUACACAUUGCUUUAUUGCUGCGGAUUGUGUUUCGAAAUUAGGUCUUGUUAUGUCAUCUACGAAUGGGCAAAUGGUUGUCAAAAACCCGGCUAAGGGUUCGGUGACUACUUCUCUAGUAUGCUUGAAGUUUCCUUUGUCGAUAUUUGGUAGAGAUUUUGCAGUGGACUUAGUCUGUUUGCCGUUGAGUGGGAUGGAUGUGAUACUAGGUAUGAACUGGUUGGAAUUUAACUAUGUUCAUAUUAAUUGUUUUAGAAAGAUGGUGCGUUUUUCUUCUUUUGAAGAAGAAGGAAAAACCGAGUUAUUGACUACUAACCAGUUGAAACAGUUAAGGCGCGAUGGAAUCCAGAUGUUUUCAUUGAUGGCGUCCCUGUCUGUUGAGAAUCAAGUGAACUUGGAAAUGGCUGGUCGUAAUGAUGCUGCUAUCGCUGCUGCACUUGAGGCUGUUGCUCAAGCUGUAGGACAGCAACCAGCUGCUGCUAACGGAUGGAGCGGCGGUGACAUGGACUGUAUUCAGGAGGGAAUUCCUGAAUAG